GGAUUCGCUUGUACCAGCCAUAUAUAAUCAAGUUUAUUACAACUGCGCUAUAUUACAACAUAACAACAAAACUGCAAAGGAAAGUGCCUGCGUCAGCCUCGAUUAGCCAUAGCUAGUCAAUAUACACCUUGACAGGCUUUUCAAAAAUAAUCAUUUUUCUGUUAUUUUAUUUCAUGCAAAUAUUGAUAAUUGACACACGGUAUGUUAAACCGUCAGGGCAUUGUUGCGACCGACGCGGCCUUCUAGUAUACAAAGUAGAAAAGCUUAUAUAGUAGGGUCCAGUGUUAAAAUAGUUAUUCCAGAAUAUUCUCGAUAACAUUCGAUCCAUCCAAAGAGGAUUUGUCCAAAGAUGAGCCCGAAUUUUUUUGGUAUUGGCAUCAUACUAGAAUUUGCUACUGUUUGCAGUACAAUGCAACGCUAUGUACACUGGGCGUAACUUUGAGUUUUUGGGCGUAGUUAACGUACUGGACCUUCGGUUCGUUUUUUUUUUUGCUUUACAUCUGUGCAUUUUCUGUCCUACCGUACGUGUCGUCUACAUAACCAAAUCAUUUGAGUAUCGCUGUUUGUUGUUCGCUCACUGGCAACUCACAAUUAAUCGUAUUUGGUCACUGGUAUAUAUCGUGAGGAGCAGGAUACUCAAGUUUCAUUCAGCGAUUCCAUGCUACUUUAGUCUCAUUUGAUAGAAAUGCACAAGUACGAUCCACGGUCGUUGUCUAAACCUUGUUCUUAGAUCUUGUAUAGGUUAUCUGUACGACACGACAUUAAUAUCAAAACAAUUCGGUUGUUAUGCUUUGGCCAAGGCCGCGUAAGCUUCACGGCCGGGCCGGUUAACACUAUACCCAUAUCCGUAUUAUCACGAUGCCCUAGAGUAGGACCCGACUUGUUUUGGCUAAAGCAGUAACACAAGCUACUUCGACAACAACACCGACAACAGCCAUACAGGGACAAAAUAAAACUGUGUUAUCAUUGAAUGCUGUCAGGGGCAGGAGCACAUACACGCACAAUUGCAGUUCGCUUGUCCAUAGUUAUUAUACAAUAUCAGGACCAAACAGCUGAAGCAAUUCAGUCUGUACGGUAACGAGCAGCUGAAGACGGACGACAACCGAAUUUUUAUGUGUAACCGCCGAUGUAUAUUGUGAAAGGUUCAUUCGGCGAAAGUGACGGAAAUUAACGAAAGGAAUCGAACCGUCACUGUUGAAUGGUUCGAGAAUGGUGACACUAAAGGCAAAGAGGUGUCACUCAUGGACAUCGUGGCUCUUAAUCCGCAAUACUUCGUAGGGGCUCCAUCGCCCAACCUGAGCGCUACAGGACCUCGGCUUGAGCGCAUAGCAAUUGCCCCGGUGGGGGCAAUCGUGCAGCCGCAACACUACGGCAGGACGACACAAAUAAACGGAAGUACUACAAGAGUGGCUGUGGUUGACAACGAUUUUGUUGCCCCCGCGCCGCCUCAGCAUAAAAAACAGAUUGCCAAACCAGCAGUGAGUGGAGGCACUGGCGUGACCGGGCCCGUGGUACCCCCGCAUAGCGGCAGCCUAAACCGAUCUGCCAAUAACACGUUUAAACUUCGGGCUUCGAUGACAGCCGUCACGGCCGACAACAACAACUCCAAUUAUGCGGUUAUUAAUAAAACGUCGAAAGUCGAAAAAGAAAAUAGUAAAGAACAGCAACAGACCGCCACACAACAACAGACUACAACGCCGGUAACCCCAGUAACUCCUGUAACACCGCAAGAAUCUGAGGCACCUCGGAGUGGGGCUACCGACAACGGACAAGAUAAAAACCCAGUCGUUCGCAAAAGCGUAGCAAUGAGCAAGGUGGACGAAAUUAAGAAAAAUCGUGAGGAACGUCGAGCGAAGCAAGCUGAAGCUAUGGCCCAUAAACAGGAGAUGACCAAGAAUUCCUCAAACAACAAAAACUGGGAAUUCGGAAAUAUGAUCAAGGAGUAUCGCCAGCAACUAAAUAUUUCUGGGUUGAAUAUUAACGAGCCUGUCCUAGACCACAAAAUUUGUGUCGCCGUCCGUAAACGACCCCUGAACAAGAGGGAAUCUGCUCGAGGUGAAGUUGAUGUAGUUACGAUCCCCAACCGAGACACAAUUUUAGUUCAUGAACCAAAAACCAAGCUCGACUUAACACGCUAUCUUGAUCACUCGAACUUUCGGUUCGACUACGCCUUUGACGAGGGCGUUGACAACGAACUAGUCUAUCGUUUUACGGCUAAACCUCUCGUAAAGACGGUGUUUGACGGUGGAAUGGCUACCUGCUUUGCCUACGGCCAGACUGGUUCCGGAAAGACACAUACAAUGGGUGGGAACUUCAGUGGAAAAGGCCAAGAUUGUUCGAAGGGUAUUUACUACAUGGCUACACGGGAUAUCUUCACGAUUCUUCGACAGCCUAAAUAUGCAUCACAGAAUCUUGUUGUAACAGCAUCUUACUUCGAGAUAUAUGCAGGCAAAGUGUUCGAUCUGUUAAAUGGCAAAGAUAUGCUUCGUGUGCUGGAGGAUGCCAAGGGUCAGGUUCAAGUAUGUGGACUCACCGAGAUCCCAGUACACUCUGUCGACGAAGUACUCGAACUUAUACAAAAGGGUUCAUCAGACCGUACAAGCGGACAAACGCAAGUUAAUGCAAACUCAUCGCGUUCACAUGCCGUCUUCCAAAUCUCGCUCAGAAAGGCCACUCGGUUACACGGGAAGUUCUCUCUGAUCGACCUGGCAGGCAACGAACGCGGUGCUGACACAGCCUCAGCGGAUCAGCGCACGCGAAUGGAGGGUGCCGAAAUUAACAAAUCGCUUCUAGCAUUAAAGGAAUGCAUUCGAGCAUUGGGUCGCAAGAACGCCUCCCAUACGCCGUUUCGUUCAUCAAAGCUAACCCACAUUCUCAAGGAUUCAUUCAUCGGCGAGAAUACGCGAACCUGCAUGAUUGCCAUGAUUUCCCCAGGAAUGGCGUCAUGCGAGAACUCGCUUAACACACUUCGCUAUGCCGACCGUGUGAAAGAGCUUGGUGCUGAAAACCCUCUCGAACGGCAGGAGCGUGAAGAUCGAGAGCUGGAGAAUAUUGUCGACGUUGAUGAUGACGAUGCACUCUACGAUGGUGACCAAAUAUCAUCGGAAAUGUUAGAACUGACACAAGCUGUUAGCCACCUCCAGGAGCUGGAGGAGGAUUUGUUGGAGGCCCACAGGGAGAUGAUCGAGGUCUACCCCAAGUUCACGGUCCAGCUCCGCCAAAUCAUGGACGUUACAAAGCGUGUCGACUAUGACAUGGUCGAAUACGUCGGUCGUAUGACUGACCUCAUAGAGGAGAACAAACAGUACAUUGAACGAAUGGAGGCACGAUGUCGAGCGAUGAGGCAGCAGAUGCAAGAAGAAGAGAAGAUUUCAAUGGCCCUUAAAAGACCUACGCACUAUUAGGCAUCGUGCCUCACAUUCAGCCUUCGUCCUCCGUCUCUUGCUUGCGUCGACGUGACAGUAACGAACCUGACAGAUAGAAGUAGCAUAGACGUAACAUAAUACACCCAAUACAUGCUCCGAUUACAGCUGUAACAUCUUCGUUGUGACUAUAUGUUUCCUUUUGGUUUCGCCAGUAAAGAGUCGAUGAAAACAUUGAUCUAGCGAGAGUGUUACCAACUUAGUGUUCGAAAUUAAUCCACCCUAAUAAAAAAAAAAAGAAAAAAACUAGACCACUAUCGAGUAAAUUAAAACCAACGUAAACAAACUCUGGAUGACUUAUUGGAUUCGCAGCGUGAACCGUUGUCGAAUGAAUAUGUGGCUUGCCUACCUCUUCAUAUCCCAAAAAUGUGUUAUGAAAAUUAUGUCUUAAAAGUCAGCAUUAACAAGUGAUUUAAAAAAAAAACUAUCUAAUAUCACGCACCUAUCGUAUGCAGCCAGAUGUUCCUAAGUGCUAUCUAUUGAUGAAACGUUUUUCCAUUUGUAAGAAAACGCCGUGUAGCAUGCCCCACAUUCUAACAGGUGAGUCUAUACCAAUAAAUAUCGCAACGCUUCAGCUACUCUCUUAGCAACUUCGUUUGCUACCAUCGAUGUAGGGUUAUUCCGUGUGCACAUGGGUUCUCGUACGCUAUUUACAAUACAUUCGAUAGAGACUACAAGCAAGAGAUCUGGCUCGCAUGCGUGUAUAUUCGGAGACGCGGAAGGCGUUUCUCAUAAUCCACUAUAAUCAUGCGCGAACAUAUAAAAAAAAAAUCCAAUGAUCCGCUCGUAGUGAUUCAAAAGCGUGACACAAACUGAUGAAAAGAUCUGUUUCCAGAUAAAGAAACACAGUACAGUGUGUUAAAAACGAAAACAGCCUCCGUCAGUAGCUGUAUGCCAGUAACUAUUCGCUUGCGAUGUCGAUCACAAAAUAUAGCGGACCUAUACAAAACCGAUCGUAAAGCAUGACUCACCCAGUA